UUAACCGUCACUAGUUGUAUCUCUCUGACCAUCAGUCAGUCAUCAGUGGCCUCAUAUCACACCAGGCUGCAGCAUCCGCCACAUCCGACUCUGCACGAUCAUGGCCAUAACCGACUUCCUAGCAGCUUCAGACAUCACAGCGGCCAUUUAUGCUUGUAAAGCAAAGGAUUCCUUUAGCUCGAAGAUGUUUUUCAAAACAGUGGGUUUAUCCAAGAAAACUCCAGCUGAUAUCGAGAAGGUCUUCAAGAUUUUGGACCAGGACAAAAGUGGCUUCAUAGAACAGGAUGAGUUACAACUGUUCCUGCAGAAUUUUGCCAAAGGAGCGAGGCACCUGACCGUAGCCGAGACCAGAGCCUUCCUCCUGGAGGGGGACUCAGAUGGAGACGGGAAGAUCGGCUGGGAAGAGUUUUCAGCACUGGUCAAGUCUUCAUAAAGCCUGCACCAUCUCUUCAUUGAUUAUGGUGAUGAUCUCAGGAUGGAGCCUCUUUUUUUUCCCAUCAUCAAAUGGACUCAUCCAGGGAUUCUUUGUUUUUAGAGCCAUACAAUCAAAUAUGUCAUAGAUUAAAUGAAAAACAAUGUAAUAAAGCAACUGAAACUUUAAAACACAAAUGAAACCUCGCCUCUCUGAUAUGUGUCUUUCCCUGCCAGUAGAGUUUAACAAUAAAAUUCAUUCUCACCAUUU